GUCGCUCCGGCAGCAGCGAGCACUCAACAGCACGGAAUCCCGAUCUGAGACAACAUUUCGACCACUUUGUACCGCCUGGGGAGCCAGUAGAUGCCCCCGUGAAGCCGGCAUGCGGCUGUUGGUGCUACUGCAGCUGUUGGCAGCAGUGUGCGCGUCGAGGCUGGACCUGCCCCUGCAGCAGCCGCCUCCGGAGGACCCGUGCCACAGCGGCGCCGCGGUCGCCGUCCUGGCCGUCAACCAAUUGCGCGUGGCGCCGCCCUGCUGCCCCUCCUUCCGCGGGCUGUUCGUCCACAGGAACCUAAUUACGGACAUUCCAGAGGACUGGCUGCUGCACUGUCCGCACCUCGAGGAGCUGAGCGUGUCCCACAAUGCGCUGCGGCGGCUCCCCGACCGCCUGCUGUCGGCCGCCUCCAGGCUGCGCCGCCUGCAGGCCUCCCGCAACCGCCUGGACAGCCUGCCGCCCCGGCUGCUGCACAACGCCACCUCGCUGCAGGAACUGGACCUGAGUCAUAACCGGCUGAAGGAGCUGCCACCUACAUUUCUGGAGACGACCACUCAGCUUGAGGAGCUCUACCUGCAGGGAAACUCGCUCGUAAGUAUUCCGGAGCAGCUGCUGGCGAAGUGUAGCGGGCUGCGGCAGCUGUGGCUGUCGGGGAACCGCCUGGCGCGGCUUCCAGCAGGUCUGCUGGCCGCGGUGCCCCGCCUGCGCGCCCUGCGGCUGGACCACAACGAGGUAGCUGGCGUGGACGCCGCCGCCUUCCAGGGCAACCAGCAGCUGCGCGUCGUCGACCUCUCCAGCAAUCGUCUCACGUCGCUACCGUCAGGACUGUUCACCAAUGUGACGUCUCUGCGCUACUUGCUGCUCAGAGACAACCGACUGCGCGUGGUUCCACCUUCCGGCACUCUGCCGGAGCGGCCAAUAUCGCUCGAUCUGAGGGAGAACCACCUGCAGACCGUCGAGGACUUUGGUGUGUUCGGCUCGUCGCGAGUCUGGCUGGACGGCAACAGGUGGCGCUGCGGCUGCUCGCUGGAGCCAGUGCUCAGGGAGGCCGCCUCUGUGCGCCAGUUGCGCUGGUUCCAGCAGCGACCGCUCUGCUACCAGGACCAUGACGACCGUCGGCUCGUCAUCGAAGAAGGCGUCUCCCAGUGUCACAUCUCCAUCACGUCCAGUGCCGGCAGCGCUACAACCUCCAGUGCUAUUCAUAGCCCUUCUUCAACAACUUUCGAUAAAAUUUCUAGUGACGCACUGCCUAAAAGUGCAACAUCUAGUGCUGUAGGUUGGAGACCUGGUAAUAACAUCUCUCAAACGGCUACUUCAUUGACCGACGUAUCUGUGAGUGGCGCCCCAUAUGUUUCCAGUCCUGAAACUCCAACCCCAGAGACUGGAAGCGGUGAAACUAGUGCCUCUGACUCCUCUGAUGUUGAUACCACUACCUCCGAAGUUAGUAGCUCUGAAACCGGUGCCCCUGUGACCUACAGUUCUGAAACAGCUACCUCAACAAUUGGCAGUACUGAAAAUGAAACCCUUAGUACUUCUUAUAGUGAAACUACAACCCCAGAUAUCAGUAACUCCCAAUUUGACCCUCUUGGGACUUCCGAAACUGAUACGUCAGGGACCAGAAGCGGUGACACAGACACUAGUCCAGCAAGUGGAGGUUCUGGGAGUCUCAGUCCUUUAGAAUCUAGCACUAAACCGGACACACUUCUAGACCCAGACUACGAAGUUAAUCUUCGUGAACAAGGCUCUGGGCGGAUUACUUACAGCACAACAAAUGACACCAACAACAGUGCAGCUGCUGACAUAACCGUUUCCAGUCCUGUAGAUACUACCUCUGAUAUUAAUACCUCUCAAACUGGCAGGACAGAAAAAGACGUGACUGAAACUGUCAGCCUCAAAACAACCAGCACCACAGAUUCCGACUAUGAUAGUGUUAUAGAUUAUAACGUCAUGACAUAUUAGCGAAAUAUGAGAAAUGGAUCACUUAUAUUACUACUGCGAGAUAAUGUUGUUGCCUUCAUUUUCCUUAUUGAAGGACGCAACGUUUUCUUUUUGUUGCUGGCAUUUUGUUUAUUCAAAGACAUUCAUGCAACACCCCAAUCGUCCACUGGAAUGACGGUUAUCGGAGGUAAAGUUCACUUCCUCAAAAUUUCUGUUUAGCACGGUCACUUGCGUUUUCUAUGAGUCCACUCUGGAAAUAUAGCUUUUUAUAAAGCUCUAAUUUUUUAUGUCCCUUUGUGAACCCAGGCUUCGUUAAAUGAAACGUGAAUUUAUUUGAAAUCAGAAAUAACUGUUAGAAGUGGUGUAGUAAAUUGCAACGAAACUGUAUCAGAUCACUCGUAGCGGGGAAAAUCACGAAAACGUUAGUGGCAAAAUGAAUAAGUAAUUGAGGACAGUGAAAGGAGAUAACAGAAUUAAAGGCUGUGAUAAUAUAUGAACUGCUCUUUUAGGGUACUGCUAUGUACUACAGGACUGACUUAUAUUUUUAGAAUGAUUUACAAUGUAUAAAUUAUUUUGUCACUACAAAUACAAUAUAAAUUAAGCAUCA